ACUACAUAGGGCAGGAGAGAGAUGAACUACUUCCCUCCCGCUUCCUGUCAAGCUGUGGACGCCUUUCCUGUGAAGAAAGGCGGUAGUAGACGUAAAUUUUAGGAAUCACUGUUUAGUUUUGUAGUUUAUUCUUACCAGAUCUCUCUAUUUUCAUUCUUUUCAAUCUCCAUGAAUUGUAUUCUGGUCAUACCCAGCCCUAGAAUGCCCCUUUUGUACUCCAUAUUGCUGUAAGGGUUUAACCAGGGUUUCUUUUUGUGUGUUGCCUUCGAAACACGGCCGUGCUGGGGAACAUUUAAGUGUUUUUCUGAGCUCAGGGGAGAUGGAUUCCGAUCAUGGUAAGAUAUUUGUAGGGGGGAUAUCGUGGGAUACGACGGAAGAGAGGCUGAAAGAGUAUUUCGGUGCAUAUGGGGAAGUGGUGGACGUGGUGAUAAUGAAAGACAGGACUACCAGACGAGCAAGGGGCUUUGGUUUUGUUGUUUUUGCUGAUCCCUCUGUUGCAGAUCGCGUUAUUCAGGAGAAACAUACCAUUGAUGGUAGAAAUGUUGAGGCCAAAAAGGUUGUGCCAAGGGAUGAACAACAGACUGCACAGAGGACCAGCAAUACGGCAGGCCCUAGAACUAAGAAGAUUUUUGUGGGUGGAUUAGCUCCAACUGUUACUGAGGAUGACUUCAGAAAGUAUUUUGAGCAGUUUGGUAAUAUAACAGAUGUAGUUGUAAUGUAUGACCACACUACUCAAAGGCAUCGAGGUUUUGGGUUCAUUACUUAUGAUUCAGAGGAUGCAGUGGAUAAGGUUCUUCAACAGACCUUCCAUGAACUCAAGGAAAAGACAGUGGAGGUGAAGCGGGCCAUUCCGAAGGAGAUGUCUUCAGGAAAUACAAGAGGUCCUGCUGGACGUGGAACCAGUUAUGGUGGGCCAUAUAUGCAAGGUUAUGGUCCAAGUCCAGUUGGGGCUUAUGGAGUGCGCCCACCUCUGGCAAGCAGUGGGUAUUCUCCUUAUGGUGCAGCACCUGCUUAUGGCCCAACUGGGUAUGGAAGCACCCCUGGAUAUGGGGCAAACAUGAAUGGUGGGUAUGGUGCAGCACCUGUAUAUGGGGCUGCUGCAGGUUAUGCUGCUGGUACAGCAGGAUCUUAUGGAGCUGGUUUUAGCACAGCACCUGGUAGCGCCCCAUAUGGUUCUGGAACUGCUGGCUAUGCUGCUGCAGCUGUGCCUGCUCCAUAUGGAAAUGCUGUUGUAGGUGCUAGAACUGGCUGGGGGACUGGUGGUGGUUCUCCAGGUUAUGCAGCAACAGGAGCAGGUUCUUGGGGUUCAGCUGCUCCUGCAGGACAGCCUACUGGAGCUGCUGCUGGGUAUGGGUAUGCAACUGGUGAGACUGGUUAUGUUAGCAGAAGUGAUGGUGGUUAUGUUCAAGGAGGCAGUGGCUAUGGACCUCCUGUUGGAGCCAGUGGAGGAAUGUACUCUGGAGGCUAUGGGGACACACAUGGUCCUUCCAGCUAUGGAAACUCAUAAAACCUCCAAAUGCUUGUUUGUGGUGCUGUGGGCAUGUUGGUAACAGGGUAUGGUAAGGGAAGAUUAGUCCAGUUCAUCUCUGUUUGUGGAUCUCGUUUCUCAAAUUGCAGCAUUUUUCUAAGCUAGAGAUAAUCAUAAAAACAAUAUUAUAGAAACUAGUAUUGUACUUUCAUAUUUUCAUCUUCAGAAUGUUUUUUUUUUUUGUAGUGCCAGCCCAUGUCUUUGCAGGUGAUAGCUUCAAGGGAAGAGUUUGCAGGCAUUGUCCAAAGCCAUUUUUUUGUGGCAUUGUUUUUGAGACCAUGUAUGUUAAGUGUACGAAAUCUUAGGUUAGAUCUCCUUAGACUAGUUAGCUUAAUAGAGAUUCACAUCUCAUUGAUAUUGGCCUUGGCACUUAGGAGUUUUUGAUAUUGUUCUUAUGUUUAAGUGUUGAUGUAGGCAUUUAAUUUUUAUACAAUUAUUGUAAUCAUUUUUUUUUUCAAAAUCUUUGAUCAGUGUUGAGCCUUGAGCUGUCCAAUUUGUACCAUCCCUUUAUGACAGCAUUUUAUGGCAGAUCCAGUGGUCCCCAAGUUUCUUCCCGAGCAAUAUCAGAGGGCUCUUGGCAAACACGACUGUAACAUGUUUCAUCCUGGUAUGAAAGAAUCAUGUAAAAUUGUUGAAAAUGUUUUAACUUGUAAUGAGUUGAAAAGUAGGAUUGACAAAUUGUGCUUAGGAUCUAAACUUUAGAUUUGAACAUUAUUUGAAUUUUUCUCUAGAAUGGAACUUGCCAAUUGGAUUAGUGGUCAAUUAGAUAA